AUGACUCCAAAAAAACUACCACGACAGUUCAUUCCAACUCAAAAAGGUCAUCUAUAGGUUUUUGUUAUCAAUUUCAUAAUUGAUAAAAUGUUCUCGGAAAAUCAAAACGCACAAUAUUUUCUUUUUAGAAAAAUAAAGUUACUUGGUUUCGAGCUAGUUUGAUCUGAUUAAAAAACACUCGAAGCAGAGAAAAACGAAAAACAAAACAAAUUAAUCUUACAGUCUCGCAACCGACUUGUGUCAAUAAAACAUUUGUAGUGAAAGAUUUAAAACGCGGAGAGCGACGCAACUGUUCCGCAUCGCACCCAGUUUUCAAUUGUAUAAUUUCAUCGACGUUUUUUUAUUAUUUUGAACUAUUGUUUUUUUGUUUCAACAAAAUGGUGCCAGAUUCAAAUAUAGAAGAGCUUCAACAAAUUGAUGAAUAUAAAAAAUUGAAAGAACAAUACAAAUGUUGCUGUCAAGUUUUUGGUAUCAAAGUGAGUUUAUAUUCUAAAUUUAGCACGAAUAACGUUGAAAAUUAUAGACUGGGGCAUAUGCAGUUGCAAUAACUUACACUUUGAUCAUUUUUUCGAAUUUAUGCAUGAGAGCUGCCAAAUCCGAGGAAGUCGAAUGGAAUUGGCAACUUUUAUUUCUCAUAACUGAUUCGGUUGCAGUUAUCAGUUUAUUUUAUGGGAUUACAAGAAAUCAUGCUGCAUUUCUACAACCAUUCACAGUUUUGAGUGUGAGUUCUAGCUAUUUCAAAAUGCUUGUGUUUUUGAGAGACAGUUUCAAAAUAUUGAAACUGUUUUUUCUUUUUCUGUUAAAAAUUUCCAAAACUACUUUGCAAAUGAUAUUUUUGAAACGAAUAUUUUUACUUAUAUUUGCUUUGAAAAAUAGUUGUAUUUUAUCAUCCAGAACUUCAGUGAUCAGAUUUCAGAACUUUUUAUCGUCAUUUUUGUUCACACUAGUUUCCGAAACGUAAAAUAGAUACUUUUCACGAGUUCUUAAGUGAUUAUGAAACAGGAAACUGAUAAAACUUGUUGGUGUUUUGUACUUUGGAAAUCGGUCUUUUCCAGAUUGUAACUGUCUCGUUUUGCUUACUUCUGUCAGUUUUCUAUCUAUCUGCAGUGAUUGAUCCAAACUCAUAUGCGGCAGAACAAAUAGAGAUCCUUCUUGCUGAUAAAAUUCAAUAUUUUGCCGACCUUUUGAAUAUCACACCACAAAAAGGUAUAUUUUUGAAUAACAGAGAACAACAAAAAAUUAUUUUUCCAGUGGUAAUUACAACUGGUGCAAUCGGAUCAUUUGUAUAUGCUGGAACAUUUUUCAUACAUAGUUGGUUUAUGUUGAUUGUCGUUCGAACUGCACAAUAUUUCCGAGCGCUGACUAAUUUGUAA